CGAUAAUCCGGCAGCGGUGAGCCAGCUGAGCAGCCAUGAUGGAGGCCGACACCCGGACGGAGAUCAACCCCGCCGAUUACUUCAGCCCCGACGCCCGCAUGCCGGACCCGGGGCUGUACCGCAAACUAUGGUACCCCGUGGUCAUGGGCGGCUUAGGCGUGAGCGUGGUGGCCUUCACGAACAUCUACACCAGGCGGCCGACGUGGAGCGGCCUCCAGCGUCACAUCAUCGCAGGCAGCGCAGGGCUGGUGCUGGGCAUCUUGACGGACCGGUGGACUAAGAAGCAGGCAGCACUCAGGGACAACAUCUACUACAACUACAUCCUGAGCCACCCUGAGGACUUCCCUCCCAUUGAGAGGAAGAAGUACAAAGAGGUGUUGCAUGAAUGGAUUCCCAUCCGCUAGGCACAGCUGGUGGCCGCCUUGGAAAGAGGAUUGUUGGGGUAUGCUUUAGAGUAAUAGAUCACUAAGAACUCUAUCUUCUUAUAAUUUAUUUUGUAGAUGCGCUGACUUCAUGAGUUAGUGUGUGUUCAUCACUUCAAACUUCCCGUGAAGUUUGCAGAAAUUUACUUUAAAUAAGUCAAUCUUUUCACUGUUGAAGCUAAUUGAAAGAAGCUACUCAAUUUGAAAGUUGUCUCAUUGAAGUAUUAUUCUUUAGGAUGUAUAGGGUUCUGUAAUGUAAAUAUUUAAAUAAAUAAAUAAGAUAC